AUGUUGCCACUUUCUAUUCUCUUUGCUUUCGGAUCCCUUGGAAACGAUGUGAUUUAUUGCCCUCAAAAUGGAAAAGCCAAGGUGAACGCCGACGUUAAGCCGCUACUAGCGUAUAUUAAAAAUAGCCGACUUCUUCUUCUGAAAAACCGACAGAGGAAUGGACCAAAUGGAUAUCCAAUGCCGAUGGCGAAAAGUAUGGGAGAAGUUAGAUGGAGCUGCGAGCUUGAAGAAAAAGCCUAUGAAAUGUUUGAUAAGAGAUGCACGCAGACUGGGAUUGAUUUGUUUAAUCUGCAUAUUCCUCAUAGAUACAGUGGAAUCUAUUUCCAAUAUCAUCAACCUCAUACUUAUGAACAAGCAGCGCAAAGCUGGACCGGACAGAUUGACAGAGCUCCAAUGAACGACACCGCCUUCCGUAAGGGCAAAGUUCUGUUCAUACCCAAUCGUGAUAUACAGGAGUACGCCACAAUGGAAGCAGACAAGGUCACGUUCACCUUGAUCACCUUGGCUCCCGUUGAUCUUCUGGUGGUCGAGCAAAGCAAAACUGGUCGAGCAGGCGCCAGUAAUUCUUCCAUUUGUCCUGAUCGCGUGCCAGAGCCGCAGAGUUGUCUGUGGGAUUUCACGAAGAAAUCUGACCAUCAGGUCGACUGUCUUCCUGUAGUGCGCUUAAUUUCGAUCCCAGUCGCUCACAGCUCUGGUCCAACGGUUGUCGUUAAAGCGCAUCACGUGUCAGGCCAACCUUAUUUAACUUUCCUUGGCAAACGUGGCGGCGUCUGUAAUCGUCGAUCGUUGACAUAG